AGGAUCAAAGCGCUGGGGGUGAGGAAGAGAGCGUGAGUUUUGGGUCGUGUCUUCCUUCCUCAUUGACUCGCGUCGCGUCUCUCUCUCUCCUCAUUCUCUCGCGCCCAUCCCUCGGCGGGCGGGUCUGCGGCGGCGGCCUCCUCGGACGCCAUGGAAGGCACCUCCAGUCACCUGUCGCCUUCGAAUCCGGCGGCGACCAAGCUCCUCUCCAACCUCCCCUCUCGAGGCCUCUUCUCCUCCACUGCCCUCUCCUCCAAUCCGGGUGGAAUGCGAGUUUACGUUUGUGAGCAUGACACAUCACCACCAGAGGGGCAAGUGAUAAGGACAAACCAACAAAAUAUACUGAUAAGAGCACUCACGAUCAGGAAACAGAGAGGAGAUCCUAGCGCGAAGAAUGCAAAGGGUGUGACAAUUGUUGAAGGUUCUAGGAAGAGAGCAUCCGAGAGACUUUUGGAUAAUGGGACAUCAUCUAAGAGACCUGCUGGUCAAGCUGGUUCUCGACAAGAGGGUUCAAGCAGUCUUUUACCGGACAAGGACUUGCACAGUUUGACCGUGGAGAGGCUUCGGGCAUUUCUCAAGGAAAGAGGUCUUUCUCCCAAAGGCAAGAAGGAUGAGUUGAUUGCGCGUUUAAAGGGUGCAAAUGGCUAAGGAUCCCAAGGAGAAAGGUCGAGUAAAGUGCCCACAUUGUACUGAACCUGUAGAAAGGAUGAGAAGAUUAAGUUGUUGUGAUAGUGGUUUGGGGAAUAUCGUAGGGGGUCUGAAAACUGGGGAACCAAACUCGCACUAACUUGUUGGGAGAGUGACGAGUCCAGAUGUUGGUGUGCCAAACCAUACAGUCUGGUUGAUUAUGUUCUUGACGGGUCUAUGCUGAACGUUCUGACAUUGUCUUUUGGGGAAUGUGGGUUUUCUUUAAA